AUGCAGACAGCAGUGGCCGAUAGCAGGAGCGAAGGGCAGGAGUGCUGCUGGAACGGGUGGGACUGGGGGGAGCCGCGGAGGAGGGCCCCGCCCCGGCAGCCCAGCCCCACGGUCCUCAGGAGGCGGCGGCUAGCGGCCAACGCCAGGGAGAGGCGGAGGAUGAACGGGCUCAACGAGGCCUUCGACCGCCUCCGCGAGGUCAUACCCUCCAUCGGCCAGGACCACAAGCUGUCCAAGUUCGAGACCCUCCAGAUGGCGCAGUCCUACAUCGCCGCGCUCUCCGAGCUCCUCGAGAGGUCUGGGGCCAGGUGA